GAAAGGGAUUUUGACAAAUUGGCCACUGUGCCUUGUGAUUGAUGCAUAUCUGAGAUUCAAAAUUUGUUGAGUUGGGGGAGACUUUCUGUGGACAGGUACCAAACAACUCAGGGUGCUACUUCUAUCCAUUUUAUGAACUAGCUUUAUCUGUAUAUCAUGAUUCUCAGUUGGUUUUUUGUCAGUAUCCAUAACAUCCAGUGAUAAAGAAGCUUGUAGAAAUACCUAAGAAGUUAUGGAGUGCAAUAAAGAUGAGGCAGUCAGGGCUAAGGAUAUUGCUGAGAGGAAGGUUAAAGAGAAGGACUAUGCUGGAGCGAAGAAAUUUGCUUUGAAAUCUCAGAAUUUGUAUCCUGCACUUGAUGGUCUUGACCAAAUGCUGACAACAAUUGAUGUAUACAUCUCUGCAGAAAAUAAAGUCGCUGGAGAAGUGGAUUGGUAUAAAAUACUUGACGUUAACCCUUCAGCUGAUGACGAGACAGUUAAAAAACAAUAUAGGAAGCUGGCUUUGUUGCUUCACCCUGAUAAAAACAAGUCAGUUGGUGCGGAUGGUGCAUUUAAGCUUGUUUCAGAGGCCUGGAGCUUCUUAUCAGAUAAGGCAAGGAGGUUAGCAUAUAACCAGAGGAUAAAUUCCAGGGGUAUUCAACAGAGGUUUCCAACUCAGAGUGGGGUUACAUCAGUGCCAGCCAGAGCAAAUGGUUCUCGCAAUUCCAGCAACAAUAUUGCUUCAAGUGCUGGGACUCACAACAGUCAUAACCGUAUGCACCGGACAUCAGUUACCCCUCCUCCAGAUAAAAAGCCUGCUACUUUCUGGACUAUUUGCAAUAGAUGCAAGACACAGUAUGAGUACCUGAGAAUUUACCUGAAUCACACUCUUCUAUGCCCCAACUGUCAGGAGGCUUUUUUGGCGGUAGAGAGGGCACCACCCCCAAAUAUUUACACUACAUCAAAUUCUUCUUCUCGUCAACAGCAGCAAAGUUCAGGACAUCAUGCUGCAAACAGUAAUUCUUUUAAUUAUGGAAGCAAUUCUUCAUUUGCUCAAAAUACAGAGCAUGGGGGAUUAGCAGGCCACAGUUCAUCUAAUAAUACAAGCUUCCAAUGGGGUUCUUACUCCAAGAUGUCUGGUGUUAAUAGCACGGUUGGAUCAACAUCUGCUGCUGCACAUGCUGUUCAGCAGGCUCAAGAAAAAGUUAAGAGAGAGCGUGAAGAAGCACAGGCAGCCUCUGGAUGGGGUGGGAGUAACAUGUAUUGGAGCAUGGCUAACUCUAAUCUCAAUGCAGAGCGACCCCCCCUCAAAAGGAGAAAAGAUGAUAUCCGUGUUAAUGGGUAUGUUGGUGGUGUGACAGCUCAAAUGGCUAUGGGAAGUAGACCUGGUCUGGGGAGUGUGUCUGAAUCUAGGAGGAGCAUUCUUGAAACACAGACUAUAUCUGGGACCUCUGGCGUUUAUCAGAGGCCCAAGAGUGAUAGAGAAUUGUCCAUUUUUGAAAUUCGAAACAUGCUGAUGGAUAAGGCCCGCCUUGAAAUCUGUCAAAAACUUAAUGAAUGGAGGUCAGUAGCUGAAGCUAAGAAUGCUGAGAAAGAGACACAGAGGGCAAGGGAGAGAGAGAGUAAGAGAAACAAAGGUGUGGCAAAUGGUGAUACACAUCGCCUUGAUAAGGCCCACACUGAAGGGUCUGCUUUUUUCAAUCAAGGCAAGAAGUCUCCUCGUGACUCCUCUCCGGAUAAUUUAGAAGCAGAGGCCCCAGCACUAAUUUCGAUUAAUGUCCCAGAUCCUGAUUUUCAUAAUUUUGACUUGGAUCGAACUGAAGCUUCCUUUGCAGAGGACCAGGUCUGGGCUGCAUAUGAUGAUGAUGAUGGGAUGCCUCGUUUCUAUGCUCGAAUUCACAAGGUGAUCUCAUUGAAGCCAUUUAAGAUGAAAAUUAGUUGGCUAAAUUCAAGAAGCAACAGCGAAUUGGGUCCAUUAGACUGGAUAGGUUCUGGAUUCUCAAAAACAUGUGGCGAGUUCAGGGCUGGCAAACAUGAGACAAGUGAAACCUUAAAUUCUUUCUCCCACAAGGUUCAAUGGACAAAAGGUAUACGUGGGAUGAUUCGAAUUUAUCCUAGAAAGGGGGACGUCUGGGCCCUUUACAAACACUGGGCUACCGACUGGAAUGAGAAUACUCCAGACGAUGUGAUCCACAAGUAUGACAUGGUGGAAGUGCUUGGAGACUUUAAUGAAGAAGAAGGUGUGUUAGUGACCCCUCUGAUUAAGGUUGCUGGUUUUAGGACAGUAUUUCAUAGGAAUGAGGACCCCAAAGAAGCCAGGAGAAUACCAAAAGAAGAGAUGUUUUGCUUCUCACAUCAGGUACCCAAUUACUUGCUUACAGGCCAGGAAGCUAAGAACUCCCCAGUGGGAUGUCGCGAGUUGGACCCAGCAGCCACCCCAGUAGAACUACUUCAGGUGAUUGGUGAAGCUAGCCAAGCACCCAGAGAAGGCAGCUCUCAGAAAACUGAGGAAACUAUGCUACAAGGUGCACCAAAAAUUAAGGUAGAUGAGAUAGUGGAGGAUUUGUUAAAAGCCAAAGGACAGAGGAUAGAGGACAUUGAACCAGCAAAGGAUAAACGUGGUACUGCAUUGCCAGGGGAAGCGUAGGAUGCUGUUGUGUGGAUGAUGCCGAAAAAACCAAGAAAAUAGAACGUGGAGAUUGCUGACUACACCAGCUAGGUAAGUUUUGAACUUGUAUGCAUGGUCUGAAGAAAUUGCUUUUUGGUGCCAUGGUUGGAUUCAAGAGGGAUCCGAGUUUUUUUUGGUUUUUGGAUAGGAAAGUUUCAUUUGAAAACUCCUAAUUUGAUCAUACCCAAUGUUUAAUAGGAGUUGUUGAACUGAAUUGACAGUGUAUACAACCACAGUCAAUUUUGCUGUAAAUGAUGAAAGUGUAAUGUUGCAUUUUCAUUGCACUCCAAAGGUUGAUUGCUUGCUGGUCAAAAUUCUUAUAUUGCCAUGUACUUGUUUCCUCAGAAUGAAAAUAUGGAAAGCCUUAAUUCAUUCCUAUACUCUGUCCAAUGGUCUUUUAGGGAUGAGAAUUACUGCAAAAGGAAUGCUAAUGCUCCAAACUGAGGUUUCCUCUGGUGCUCGAUGCUGCCCUUUGUUUAAGUUACUUUAAGCAACAUUACCUGUUGUAUUUGGUUAUCUCUUCCUGGUGAAGCUACCAUUUUUUCAAAGCUGGCGCAGGAUUAAGG